AUGGCCGAGAACAACGACGCCCAGCAUGAGCACACCUUCGAGUCCGCCGACGCCGGUGCCUCGGCCACCUAUCCCAUGCAAUGUUCCGCAUUGAGGAAGAACGGUUUCGUUGUCAUCAAGGGCCGCCCAUGCAAGAUCGUCGAAAUGUCCACCUCCAAGACCGGCAAGCACGGUCACGCCAAGGUUCACUUGGUCGCCAUCGACAUCUUCACCGGCAAGAAGCUGGAAGAUCUCUCCCCAUCCACCCACAACAUGGAGGUUCCCAACGUCACUCGUCGCGAGUACCAGUUGCUCGACAUCACCGACGAUGGCUUCUUGUCCCUCAUGUCUGAUGACGGUACCACCAAGGACGAUGUCAAGUUGCCGGAGGGUGAAGUUGGUGAGAAGAUCGAGCGUCUUUUCCGCACCGAGGAGAAGGACACCAAUGUCAUUGUCUUGACUGCCAUGGGCGAAGAGACUGCCAUUGAUGCCAAGGAAGCCCCCAAAUAA